AUGCCCAACAACGUGUCCCAGGAGCUUUUGUCCGUGGACUACGACACGUACUCCUCGGAUCUGUCUCCGCUGGAGAUCGACACGCUCAAACAGUACCAGAACCUCGCGCUCAACCUGCUGCAGCUGAAAAACGACAUCGUCACCCUCAACAAGGAGGUCGACUCCACCUCGGACGGACUGUCGCGCGGGGCGCUCACAAAGGACAGUCUUCUGGAGGAGCUGCGCGAGCUCGAGACGAAGAUCUCGGUGAUCUCCACGCUGUUCAAGUCCAGCGUCUACCAGGUGGUGGUGAACAACUCUGGCGAUCUCGCGCAAAACAACGAGCUCACUACAUCCAUCCAGGACGACACCAUCUAG